GAUCACGCAUGCUAGAGGUUGAGCACGUCCCACCUAAAGAAGUUAUUUAAGUAAACGCUGAGGAGGAUUUGAGUUCUGAUAAGUUGAAAAGUUGCAAAAAAAUAUGCGUAGGAUUCCUACGCUUUGUAGACUGCUGAUGCUCGGGAUGAUGUUCUAUGCAUCAGCAGUCAUCGGACACAUUCGCAUUGAUGCGCCAGAGAUUCAUGUGUCCCCAAGUUACAAACCGGCCUUCGUUCGCUCUGCAGUAGAAAGUAUCCCUUUAGAAGAUGAUGGGGAAGCCUUAAGUCGGUUUCAUCCCACAUUCGGCGAUACAUUCUUGCCGCUCCGCUCAGCCGUAGAAAGUGUUCCCACGCUAAAUGAAAGGACUGUUGCUCAGUUAAGGAUAGCUUCAAGUCGACGUUCAUUUAUACGCGAUUCUGUAGAAGCAGUGCCAAAUGUCGGUGAUAACGAAAACGUCGAAAGCCAUGUCAGAGAUGCUGAUGUUGGUACUGAAAUUAAGCCCGAGAAGCUGGUAGAACCGGAUCCAUGGUCAGUUUCCGAUAAAUAUGCCGCUUUUAUUGCUGCCGGAGCAUCAGAUGAAUAUCAUCCACAGCCUUACCGGAUUGGCUCUCCAUAUCAACAGCUUUUAAAAGCAAUGGAUAUUGAACAGCUAGAGCACAUCGAUGAACUAGACCGCUAUAAGGAACAACAGACCUAUGGCGCGCUGGCACAAUUGGGAAUGGAAACCUCCGAAGCUGCAUAUGGAGCUCUGGCGCAGAUAAAGAAACAAAAAAUUGACGUUGCCCCCAAGGUUCUUUGCUACAUGUCUAACUGGGCAUUCUACCGAAAGGGUGAUGGUCAUUUUGUACCGGAACAUAUCGACCCGAUGCUUUGCUCGGCCAUCAUCUACUCGUUCGCUUCUCUGGACCCCGAUUAUCUUACCAUUCGCGAUUUUGAUCCCUGGGUGGAUUUGGAAAACCAAUACUAUCGCCGAGUGAUUUCUUUGGGAGUACCCGUCCUGAUUGCAUUGGGAGGUUGGACGGACUCUAGUGGUGACAAGUACUCUCGUCUGGUCGGUGAUGAAAUCAAGCGCCGUGUGUUCGCUUCCAGCGCGGUUGGCUUCCUACAGCGUCACGGAUUUAGCGGUCUGCACAUGGACUGGAAUUACCCAAAAUGCUGGCAGAGCGACUGUUCCAAGGGACCUGCCAGCGACAAGCCUAACCUAACCAAGUUAAUUCGUGAUUUGCGAAAUGAGUUUCAGCGAGUUAAUCCAAAACUUCAGUUGGGAAUAGCUAUAUCCGGCUAUAAAGAGAUUAUAACGGAGGCCUAUGAACUUAAGGCCCUUUCGGAAAUAGUAGAUUACAUGACAGUGAUGACCUACGACUAUCAUGGAGCAUGGGAGCGACAGACAGGGCACGUUAGUCCGCUUUACGGACAAUCGUCAGAAAAAUAUCCGCAGUACAACACAGACUACACAAUGCAGCUGCUGAUAAAAAUGGGUGCUGUGCGAGAAAAGCUUGUAUUGAGCAUACCAUUUUAUGGUCAAAGCUUCACACUAGAACAAAGUCGACAAAAACUGGUCGGAGAAGGGGUUCCAGCCACAGGGCCCGGAGAAGCCGGGGAGUCGACAAAGCAGCCGGGAAUGCUUUCAUAUUAUGAAGUUUGCCACCGUGUCAGUACAUUAAAGUGGCUAAGUGGUCGGGAUGUCAACAGAAGAUCCGGUCCGUAUGCUAUGCUAAAUGAUCAGUGGGUAGGUUAUGAGGACCCAUCUAGUGUGGAGGCCAAGGCUCGCUAUGCUGUCAAAAACCAUUUUGCCGGAGUAGCUGCGUGGACCAUUGACCUAGAUGACUUUCGUAACCACUGCUGUACUGAGUCCUACCCACUGUUAAAGGCCAUAAAUCGGGGGCUUGGACGAUUACAUUCAGAGUCAGAGCCCACACGAAAGGACUGUACACGUCCACCUCCAGUGAGCACCCCAUUGCCACCACAAAUGACCACCAUUAGCAGCGAUGGCUCUGUGGGAUCGGGGCAAAACCAUGAGCAUACAACAUUCAGGCCAAACUGGGAGGCCAGCCCGCCAAUUCUCACUACAAAAAAACCGACGCCCUUUACAAGUACAACCAAAAGAGUAACGAGCACCAACUGGUGGAGCUCUACAAUGACAAGUAGACCAAGCAAACCAACAAGGACCACCUCAAAACCGGCACAUACUACGAUACCCGCGCAAGCCACCUUUCCGGUGGUACAAGCCUCCAACUGCGAGCCCGGGGAGUUUUACCCAGAUUUAAAGGAUUGCAGCGUCUACUAUCAAUGCAUUAUUAAAGGAGAGAUGCGCCAGCAAUUUUGCCCCGGAGGCCUGCACUGGAACAAUGAUGCUAAGGGCUGCGACUGGCCUUCGUCCACUAAAUGCCUAUCGAUUCAAAAUCAGGAAACAAGUACAGUUCACCCUAAUAAAACUUCCAAAAAACCCAACAAGCCUUCAAAGCCUAAUAAGAAGCCAACAAGGCCUACGCCGCAAGUACAGGUUACAGGUAAUGUCCAGACUAAGCCGCCGAACCGUACGACACGCCGGCCUCGGCCUUCACCAUCGGCAAGGUGCAAUGAAGGCGAAUACUAUACCCACAGGAACUGCGCGAAGUACUAUAUAUGCGUCAAUGGAGUCUUAGCGCCAAACGAGUGCGGUGGAGAUUUGCACUGGGAUGCUAUCCGUAAGACCUGUGACUGGCCCAAAAAUGUACAGUGCGUGACAAGUAAGAGAUACUUAAGAAUUAUUCAGGACACUAGAUCUAGCGAGGAGGACCCAUGCAACGGAGAGGAGCGUGUCCCUUAUCCUGGUGACUGCUCCAAGUAUCUAUUCUGUUUGUGGAACCGUCUACAGGCGGGAGAUUGUCCACCGGGCCUGCACUACAACACAGAAAUCGGGAACUGCGACUGGCCGGCAGCCGCCAAGUGCAGUCAGGAUUCCAUUGGCAGUGUGGGAGGAGGAGUAAACAUGAUGCCUCCAGCACUAGCAAAGCCAGCUCCUACUACCCAGAAACCGACCACCACUCCACGUCCCACGUACCCCACCGACAAACCAGUGCUAGAGCCGCUAGAUGGUUACUAUAAGGUAGUAUGCUACUUUACCAACUGGGCCUGGUAUCGCAAGGGCUUAGGUCGCUAUACGCCAGAUGACAUUAACACAGAUCUAUGUACGCACGUGGUGUACGGGUUCGCGGUAUUAGACUACUCCGAACUAAUUCUGCGUACUCAUGAUUCGUGGGCGGACAUUGACAAUAACUUUUAUACAAGAGUGACCGGGCUGAAGAGAAAGGGUAUCAAGGUGAGCCUGGCACUCGGCGGCUGGAAUGAUUCCCAGGGCGACAAGUACAGCCGGCUAGUGCGGAGUCCGAUGGCACGGGCUCGAUUUAUCAAUCAUGCUCUAGAAUUUAUCAACAAAUAUGGCUUCGAGGGACUAGACCUAGACUGGGAAUACCCGGUAUGCUGGCAAACAGAAUGUAAUAAAGGAUUUGCAGAGGAAAAGGAGGGAUUCACCGCAUGGGUUCGAGAGCUCUCCCUAGCAUUCCGCCCGCGUGGACUUUUGUUAUCCACGGCGGUUUCGCCUAGCAAGAAGAUUAUUGAUGCUGGAUACAACGUCCCAGAACUGGCUCGUUAUUUUGAUUGGAUUGCAGUAAUGACAUAUGAUUUUCAUGGGCAAUGGGAUAAGAAAACUGGUCAUGUGGCACCCCUUUAUUAUCAUCCUGACGAUGACUUUGAUUACUUUAAUGCGAACUUCUCCUUAAACUAUUGGAUCGAAAAAGGAGCCCCCUCAAGAAAAAUUGUUAUGGGUAUGCCUCUUUACGGGCAAUCAUUUACUUUAGAGAAUGCCAGCAACAAUGGACUAAAUGCCAAAGCUCCAGGACCCGGUCAGGCUGGCGAAUUUACUAAAGCUGCCGGAUUUCUUGCUUACUAUGAGAUCUGCGAUCGCAUUAAUCAUCAAGGCUGGGAAGUAGUACAAGAUGAACAUGGUCGAAUGGGUCCGUACGCGCGGAAGGGAACACAGUGGGUAUCCUUUGAUGACCCAACCAUGAUCCGGAAAAAAUCGCAACUCGUUAGAGCUUUGAACCUGGGCGGUGGAAUGGUAUGGGCUCUAGAUCUCGACGACUUCCGCAAUCGGUGCGGUGAUGGUGUGCAUCCCUUGCUACGAGAGAUCCACGAUGUACUUAAGGAACCACCAAGUGGUUACGAACCAACCCCUGGUACAGCUUCUUCUGUUGAUCAGGAGUCUGUGGAGGAACAAGCCAUUUCGGAAGAAGUUGGAAAUGCAUCAAUUGAGAUCGAAACGGAGGGCCAACUUGAGGAAACUCAAGAAGAGGUGGAAAUGGCUGAAGAAAUCAUUAAUGGGGGCGAAGAAGGCAACGUUGAGGAAGCUAAUUUUGAAAUGGAAGCCGCCGAAAUCCCGACCACUGAUACUGGUGGAUCGACACGCUUUAAAGUAGUCUGCUACUUUACCAACUGGGCUUGGUACCGCCAGGGGGGCGGUAAGUUCGUACCUGAAGAUAUCGACCCAGAUCUGUGCACCCACAUAAUUUACGGCUUUGCUGUUCUAAGCAGGGACAAGCUUACCAUUCAACCACAUGACUCUUGGGCCGAUCUGGACAACAAAUUCUACGAGAGGGUCGUGGCCUAUCGAAAAAGGGGAGUAAAAGUCACUGUGGCUAUCGGUGGGUGGAAUGACUCUGCUGGCGAUAAAUAUGCCCGACUGGUGAGAAACGCGCAGGCCCGAGAGCGGUUUAUUCGACAUGUCAUCGACUUCAUUGAAAAAUAUGGUUUCGACGGACUCGACCUUGAUUGGGAGUACCCGGUUUGCUGGCAGGUAGAUUGUAAAAAGGGAACAGACGAUGAGAAACAAGGAUUUACCGCACUAGUUAGGGAACUGUCCCAGGCUUUCAGGCCCAAGAACCUCCUACUAUCCGCAGCAGUUUCACCUAACAAAAAGGUAAUCGACGCCGGAUACGAUGUGGCUGAGCUAUCGAAGUACUUCGACUGGAUUGCCAUAAUGACCUACGACUACCACGGGCAAUGGGACAAGCAGACGGGUCACGUAGCCCCCAUGUACGAGCACCCCGACGGAACGGCCACGUUUAACGCAAACUUCUCCGUAAACUACUGGAUAUCGAAUGGAGCCGACCGGCAUAAGCUCGUCAUGGGAAUGCCUAUGUAUGGACAGUCCUUUUCUCUAGCACAGGCCAAUGAACACAGUCUAAAUGCUCCCACCUAUGGUGGUGGCGAGGCUGGAGAGGCGACCAGGGCUAGAGGUUUUCUAGCGUAUUAUGAGAUUUGCUUAUAUAUCCGCCAGAGAGGGUGGAAUGUUGUACGAGACGCUAGAGGCCGGAUUGGCCCAUACGCCUAUUCGCGAGAUCAGUGGGUCUCCUUUGAUGAUGCACCAAUGAUUCGACACAAAAGCGAGUACGUGAAGGCAAUGGGUCUGGGAGGGGCUAUGAUAUGGGCAUUGGAUCUAGAUGACUUCAAGAACAACUGCGGCUGCGAAUCGUACCCUUUGUUAAAAACUAUUAACCGUGUACUGCGCGGAUAUAUGGGCCCGCAUCCGAAGUGUGUGCUUGAAAAGAGCGAAUCGACAAUGAUUGGCAGCGAUAGGAUAUCCUCGAAACCUACUUUAGCCACUGGUACAGACGUUGUUCCUUUUGCACAACCAGAAACUUGGACCAAACCCAAUCCUGACCAACCGAACUCUGACUUGGAUUGUGACGGAAAAAACUAUAUCGCCCAUGAAACAGACUGCAAUAAAUACUAUAUCUGCCAAUAUGGAGAAUUAGUGGAGCACCGGUGCCCUUCAGGUCUGCAUUGGAACAAGAACAACUGCGACUGGCCAAAUAAAUCUAACUGCACAGUACUGGCGGAUCAAUUUACCCAAACGCUAUUAGAACAACGCCCGAAGCCCACCAACGACGGCUCAAAUCCCAGUUCAACUAAUAAACCACUGAGCCCGUCUAACAAGAAUCCCACUACAGGUCCAAAGCCAACAGUAGCUUCUUUGUCGCAAAGUAGUGUCGUAGCCCCCAAAGUUAUUUGCUACUUUACCAACUGGGCAUGGUACCGAUCAGGCCAGGGAAAGUACGUACCCGAGGACAUCGACUCCAACUUAUGUACCCAUAUUAUUUAUGGAUUCGCAGUACUCGACAGUCACUCAUUGACAAUUAAGACGCACGAUUCAUGGGCUGACAUCGAUAAUCAGUUUUACAAGCGGGUGGUGGAGUACAAGAAAAAAGGCCUUCGCGUGACUGUGGCUAUCGGCGGAUGGAACGACUCUCUAGGCAGCAAGUAUGCGCGCCUUGUUCUUGAUCCCCAAGCCCGAUUACGCUUUAUUACAAGCGUCCUACGCUUUUUAGAAAAGUUUGGCUUUGAGGGCCUAGACUUGGACUGGGAGUAUCCAGUGUGCUGGCAGGUUGACUGUUCCAAGGGCGCUCAAUUGGAAAAAAAGGGAUUCGUAGAUUUAGUAAAAGAAUUGUACAUGGCCUUCGAGCCAAAGGGCCUAUUACUUUCAGCGGCGGUUUCCCCUAGUAAGACGGUAGUUGAUGCUGGCUACGAUGUACCGACAUUAUCGCGGUAUUUUGACUGGAUUUCCGUGAUGACGUAUGACUUUCAUGGACACUGGGAUAAGAAGACUGGGCACGUAGCCCCGCUAUAUUAUAUGGAUGGCGACGAAAAUCCAUACUUUAAUGGAAACUUCAGUAUCCACUAUUGGCUUGACCAGGGCACUUCUGCAAGCAAGCUAAUUAUGGGCAUGCCCCUGUACGGCCAGACUUUCUCGCUAGCUGACCAGAAAAACAGAGCUUUAAAUGACAAAUCUAUAGGGCCUGGGCAAGCCGGCACAUAUACCCGCGCAAGUGGAUUCCUUGCGUACUAUGAGAUUUGCGAAAAAAUUGGAAAUGGAGGAUGGACCGUGGUAAGAGACGAAGAUGGUCGCAUCGGACCAUAUACCUACAGAGGAAACCAAUGGGUCUCCUAUGACGACGUCGAGGACAUUCGGCGAAAGGCGCAGUUUGUGAGGCGUCUGAAGCUGGGCGGUGGUAUGAUAUGGGCACUUGAUCUAGACGACUUCCGCGGUCACUGUGGUUGUGGAAAAUAUCCAUUGUUACGAACACUUAACCAGGAGCUGCGUGGCAUUCCAGGGCAAAGGGCCAACGACUGCACUUAAUAAACUAUAUAUUAAUUAAGGUCGCCAUUAAUUCUCACGUCUUAAGCCUGCUAGUUUUAU